UAAAGGACGAUGGAUUCAACACAAGCUAACAGGUUGCCAGGCAUGGCAAGGCUACGCCCCAGAGCAUGGAUUAAGCUUAUAUUGUCAACGAUGAUGAUAGGCGUGAUCUACUACCAAGCAAAGCUAUUUACAGGAUGUCCGGCUGGCAUCUACUGUCCAAAACGCCAAAUGGUCGCCAUGAACGUGGAAGGUGCAAGCGUUGUAUUCCCAAAUAUAUCUAAUGUUCGUAUUCUUCAAAAAACGAACGUGUUAAAAAACAUUUCCAUCUCUAAGACGAGUCUAAGAGUCUCCAAUGAGUUUGGUGAGAGUCCGGACAAACCACAGGCACAUAUCGUUGGGAGAAUACGUAAAAAGAAAGGAUAUUUAACAAUAGGAAUACCUUCAAUUAAACGUGAUAUCGAGAGCCCAUAUCUACUCGUGACCCUACAAUCUCUAAUUGACAAUACAUGGGACGAUGAAAAGGCUGAAAUUGUUAUAGUCGUGUUUUUGGCCGAUUCAGAUUACGAUUACAACAAUAGGGUGGAACACAUGAUUAUUAAAAGAUUCGGUGAAUAUCUUGAUAGCGGUUUUAUACGAAUCAUGCAAGCUGAAAAAGCCAUCUAUCCAGCAUUACAAAAAUUAAAAAGGAACUUCAAUGAUUCUGCAAAACGUGUUGAGUGGAGGUCAAAACAGGUUGUUGAUUUUGCGUUUAUGUUCAUGUACAGCCGGGAAAUAUCCGAAUACUACAUUCAGAUAGAGGACGAUGUGAAAACAGCUCCAAAUUAUUUUACAGGGAUAAAGAGUUAUGUAACAACUGCAAACAAAGGAAAAUCUCAGUGGGCAUUAUUAGAAUUCUCAGUGCUUGGCUUUAUUGGAAAACUAUUUAAAUCCUCAGAUCUCGAGAGCCUUUCAAAGUUUCUGCUUUUAUUUUACGAUGAACAGCCAGUUGACUGGUUGUUUCGGUACUUUAGCUUGUCGAAAACACAAUCAAACAAGCUUGUUCGAAAUCCAUCAUUAUUUCAGCACUUGGGACUACAUUCGUCGUUAAAAGAUGGCGUGCAAAAAGGCCCGAAAAAAGACAAAACAAAAGGACUCAAUACUUUAUCUGAUAAAAACUUUGAUGAUGGUACAAAAAUAUUACAUGGUGAUAACCCCCCUGCACACGUUAUAACGUCAUUAAUAACGUACAGCAGAUACGUACCGGAAAUGUCAUAUUGGAAAAAGGACGGCUACUAUUGGUCCGAAUCUCCUAAAGCAGGGGACAGUAUUUACGUCAUUUUUAACCAACCAGCCCGGAUUAAGAGCGUUCAUAUUUUAACAGGAACAAAUGCUCAUAAAAAAGACAUACUUAAAAACGGAAGGGCGGAGAUAGCUGAGGAAUUAUUAUCUUCACCUGGAUCGAAAGUAAAGUGUUCCCCAUUUAUUCCCAUCUGCGAGUUUACCAAGGGGGAAUGCAUCUCAGAUUCAAAGGUUUUUCAAAACCAAUCUUCAACAAAAUGUCUCAAAAUCAUUGUAACGUCAGAUCAAAAUGAAUGGCUCGCUGUUAAAGAAAUUGCAGUAUUCGUAGAUUCGAACUAAUAACCGUUUACUCGGUGAUUGUGUGAAUUUUCUACAUUGAGAUUGCCUCACUAUUCAUGUGCGCUUUAUGUUACUCAGGAUUCAGGAACAUAUUUGCCAGUUAUGUAACAACAAUGCAAGUCUUUCAAACUAAAAACAAGCAACCUACGCACUACAUUGCAAUAUCAUGAUAUGUAAAAAUACAUUCAUAUUAACGUGUAAAAUGUAUAUCAAAUGUAUAUCAAAAUGCAUAUGAAAAUGUAUAUCAAAAAUGUGUGGUAUUCUGACAUAUUUCAAUGCUUCAAUUCUAUGACAGUCGUUUUAAUUUUGGAAAAACCAUCAUGGCUGAAACUCCCACAAGAAAAAGUCAAAUGUUAAUUGCAUAUAAAACUACUAGAUCUGAAACAUUUUGGAUCUAAGUUAUGAAUUAUUUUUCCAUAUAAUGGACUGUGGUCCUUUAAUUUGCUUACUUUAAGGAUAGAUAAAGGUUUCAUCCCUGUACGUGUCAUCAUAAAUAGGGUAAAAGUCCAAUGUAUGAAUAUGUGUUUAAUUCUUAUGAAUGCAUGUUCUUUUUUGAUUUAUAAAUGAUGUUUUUGUACGCAAGAAUGUUGAUUUUAAAAUGUACACUUUUCUGAGGUCACAAGACUAUGCCAUAAUGAGUCAUUACUUCAUACCAUCUUAUAUUUGUAUAUCAUAACGGUUACGAAAGCUCUCUUAAAUACGUUUAAGGUAGCAACACAGUAUAAUGAAGUGUAGUUUAUUUCUAAGAGUGUACAGUUGUAACAAAGAAGAGUGUAUUAUUUUUCUAUUGUUUUUAAAG